GCCGCGAGCUCGGGCCCCAGCGCCCGGGCGACGGCGCAGCAGCCGCUAUGGGCAACAAGCAGACCAUCUUCACCGAGGAGCAGCUGGACAACUACCAGGGGUCUCUCCCUCUGGCCCCAGCAUGGAAAUACUUGGAGCAAGGAGGAGGCCAGAGACCAGUCCACAUCUGGUCCCCGAGUCCCCCAGCAGCCACCCCCUAAGACCCUUCUAGGACCUCCUGCCUCCAGAGCCACGAAACUGUCCAGACCAGAGGUCCAAAGCCCUCCCGCCAGUGGGUGCAGGCCGCGGGUGCAGGAUGAAGCCCCAGCCCGGGCCCGCGGGGGCCCUGGCCCGCCUCCCAGGCCCCUGCCCUGCCCUGUGCACUGCAGCCACCCCCGACUGUCUACAGCAGCCUGGACGUUCUUCCUCCUCCAAGGCCCGAGGACUGCACCUUCUUCAAUAAGAAGGACAUCCUCAAGCUCCACGCACGAUUCUACGAGCUGGCCCCCAACCUCGUCCCCAUGGACUACAGGAAGAGUCCCAUCGUCCACGUGCCCAUGAGCCUCAUCAUCCAGAUGCCGGAGCUCCGGGAGAACCCCUUCAAGGAAAGGAUCGUGGAGGCUUUUUCUGAGGACGGCCAGGGGAACCUCACCUUCAACGACUUCGUGGACAUGUUCUCCGUGCUGUGCGAGUCGGCUCCCCGGGAGCUCAAGGCAAACUAUGCCUUCAAGAUCUAUGACUUCAACACGGACAACUUCAUCUGUAAGGAGGACCUGGAGCGCACGCUGGCACGGCUCACCAAGUCGGAGCUGGACGAGGACGAGGUGGUGCUCGUGUGUGAAAAGGUCAUCGAGGAGGCCGACCUGGAUGGCGACGGCAAACUGGGCUUCGCGGACUUUGAGGACAUGAUUGCCAAGGCCCCCGACUUCCUCAGCACCUUCCACAUCCGGAUAUGAGGACACUGCCGAAGGCGUAGGGGCCCUGAGGCCAACCAUCUGGGUCUGCUGUCUACACGAGUGUGACCUCUGAGCUGUCCAGAAAAGAGGCUGCGGCCUCUGGGGUUAGACCCACCAACAUUUUCUUGGCCCUUUCAGCAAAAAAUCCUUAACCAGGGAAGGCGGGUGUGGGGAGCAGGGCCCUUCCCAGGCCCCGCCACAGGCCCUCCAUCUGUGCCGCCGAGCCCCCCAGACCGCAGUCCUCUCCCUGUCAGAAACAGCCCCACUGGGAGGGGAAGGCAGAGACCUCACGGGGCAGGGGAUACGGACGUGUCCCAAGUGCUGGGCAGGCGUCCUGAUGGCCCAGGGCAAAGCAAAAAGGGAUAGAGGACAAGGUUUCACAAGCUAUGCAGUCUUUCUCCAAAACCCACAGCUGGGCUGCCCCCCAGCCCCGCCUGGUCCCCUUCGCCCCCGACCCCCCAAUGUGAAGCUGUGUGGACAGUGGGCCAAGGGCUCUGUCCCUGUCCCUGGCUCUGAGGCCUGGGCACCACACCCCCUGCCCCCCAAGAUGUGGAAUUCUCACUGGUGCGUGCUGUCCACACAUUUGUGAAUUCCCGGUAGUAAAGCACUUGGACGUCCCCGUGCUCUGUCUGCCGACAUUAGGACGUGCUCAA